AUGACUUUUCUCUCUGUUAUAUGUUUCGUUGUUGUCUUUUUGAGGCUAUCUCAAGCUACCAAUGUUUCAAAGAACUAUAACGCCAAACCGGAAUUUGAUAAUAAGAAGUCAAAUGAAGAACUUUUAGGAGAAUACAGUGUUCACUCGUUGUGUGAGUGUUCUGCUAUGUGUCAGAAUGAAUGCGAUUUCUACGGGUACAAUUCUAAGUUGAAGAAGUGUCGUGUCCACAAGAAGAUCUUCACUUCCUCUUCCGGAAUGUCUGACGAGGCCGGAUGGAGAUAUUAUUCUCGUUUUAUUCCUACUGAUUGUAAGGAAUUUCAUGAUAAUGGUCACACUAAUUCAGGGGUGUAUGUAAUUUACCCCUAUUGGACCAGCUCCCGUCCUGUCAGAGUUUACUGCGACAUGGAAACAUUAGACGGAGGGUGGACGGCAAUCCAAAAACGAGUUAGUGGAUCCCUGACCUUUGACAGGAACUGGACAGAAUACAAGAAUGGUUUUGGUUCCCCGGAACAGGAUUACUGGGUUGGAAAUGACGUAAUCCAUCAGUUAACAAAAGUAAAGGACUGUUUCCUAUAUGUUUCUAUCACUGUACAGAAUGGUACAAGGUUGUACGAACUGUACGAUAAAGUCUCUGUUUCCAAUGAAGCAGGGAAGUACAGAAUCCUUCUGGAAAAACCUGCCACAGGAACUUUAGGUGACAGUAUGGCAAACACUGAGAGUCAUAUCUUUUAUGCGACAGCGAUGUACUUUUCUACCAAAGACAGAGAUAGCGACUAUUCUGGUUCACAUAACCUUGCUAACUAUUAUGGAGGCGCCUGGUGGUUUAACGCGGGAUACCACGCCUUCCUCAACGGUCCCUGGCCACAGGCAGAGUGGACCAAUCCAUGGUAUCCUAUAAUUACAUCCGGGUCAUCUGUCAGAGAGACCAUGAUGUUGAUCAAACGUCACUAG